AAAGAAUCAAGAUUGCUUUCAUCUCUUUACUCUAGAUAAUUUUUAGUGGCCAAGUACUACUAGGUUCCUAAAAACCAAGAGUUACCAAUAUUUGCUUGGUGAUUAUUUGCUUUCACCUAGUAUAUAUUACCAACUACGGUUGGUAAGUAAUGGUAUUAUCUUUAGUCACCAAGGAGAACAGAUAUUGGUUACAACAUACAUUGAGCGACAUUAAGAAUAGUACCUCAAUGUAUUUGUUUUCAAAAAAGACCUUGGUAAAAAAAAGUACAUUGAGCAACUUGACAGGCGUUUCUUCUGCCGGCCUGGCCAAACAAAAAUACUACAAGCAACAGGGUCAUAGUCAUUAAGGUCUUUUUCAAAAUGAUACUAGUGGCUGAAGACCUUGGAAAAUGGAAACAAAUGUAAUGGUAUGGUUCCUAGGUAGUGCAGGUCUCUUUCAAUUUACAUCAGCUUUGAUUAAUUUGACACUUCUUUUUGCCUAAGUUCAGGACUACUGGUGCACACGCACGCGCGCACCAGUGACCAUCCCUUCUGUGUUGUUUAAGCAACAAACAUCUUGUCAAGGAUGCAGAUGAUAUGAGAUGUUGAAAGUCAUGAAUUUAUCUCCUCAUAUGAGAAGUUGAGAACCAAAGAAGUUCAUUCUGCAGAGCACAAGAAAAAAACCCUCAUCUUCCCUGGCUAAACAAUGGUCCCUUAUAUCAUCCCUCUAUCCCUCAUUCUGUUCAUCAUCCAAGCUAAUCCUUCGACGGGAGCCCAGAUCAACGAGACAACAAUUCCUCAAGGUUCUCAAAUCAACACGGUGGGCACCCAGAGUUGGGUCUCCCCAUCGGGGCGCUUUGCAUUCGGCUUCUAUCCUGAAGGUGAGGGCUUCUCCAUUGGUGUGUGGCUUGUCACAGGUGCAACCAGGACCAUUGUGUGGACUGCCUUCAGAGAUGAUCCUCCGGUUUCCGGUGGUUCAAUUCUGUUAACAGCUGGUGGUUCACUUCAAUGGAUUCCUGCUAACCAAGGCAGCCAAGGGAAGCUGAUAUCCGCCGCCCCUAAUUCUGCUACCUCUGCUGCUAUCUUGGACAACGGCAACUUCGUGUUGUAUGAUGCGAAAAAGCAGGUAUUAUGGUCUACCUUUGGCUCUCCGAUGGACACCAUAUUACCAGGGCAGAACUUGCUUCCUGGCAAUCAGCUGUUCUCAAGCAUCUCCAAUACCAACCAUGCCACAGGAAAGUAUCGCCUUUCCAACCAGGAAGACGGCAACCUUGUGAUGUACCCGAUUGGCACAGUAGACCCUGGUAGUGCAUACUGGGCUAGCGGUACUUUUGGUCAAGGCCUCCUGCUCACUCUUUCACUAGACCUCAAUGGCACCCUAUGGUUGUUUGACAGAAACAGUUCAUAUACAAAGAUGCUAUUCCUGACAAAUCAGUCACUGAGUACCUCCCCAGAUUCAGAGAGCUACUACCGUCUGACAUUGGAUGCCGACGGCUUAUUGCGACUCUACGCGCAUGUGUUCUUCAAGAAAGGAAGGGAGCCCCUAACAAAGAUCGAAUGGUUGGAGCCAUCUAGCAACGAUCGUUGUGGUGUGAAAGGUGUUUGUGGUCCAAAUAGCUUCUGCCAAGUCACUGCUAGUGGAGAAACCAGCUGCUCCUGCCUUCCUGGGUUUGAAUUCUCAAGUGCUAACCAAACCACUCAAGGUUGCUGGAGGGUAAGGACUGGCGGUUGCACGGGGAAUAGCUCUAAUGGCGACAUCGGACCUACAGCCACAAUGGUCAUGGUGAAGAACACUAGCUGGUCAGAUUUGUCAUACAACGUCCCACCCCAAACAACAACCAUGGAAGAGUGCAAAGCAAUUUGCCUCUCUGACUGUGCCUGCGAGAUUGCCAUGUUUGACACCUACUGCUCAAAACAAAUGCUUCCUAUGAGGUACGGCAAGAUUGAUCAUAGUAGCAACACCACGCUGUUUGUGAAGGUAUACUCCUAUGAACCAAAAGGUCCUAUGAGGAGGACUAGAAGUGCUAUUUCAACUGCCAUGUUGAUAUCAGGUUCUGCAUUGGCCAUCUUCUCACUUGUUGUGCUCUCAGUCUCUGUAUUGCUCAGCAAGCGCCACCAAUUCUCCAGGUACACAAGGGCUCCACAACAUCAAGAUGCUGAAUUUGAUAAGGAGAGUGUUGGCAUCCGAUCGUACUCUUUCCAUGAUCUAGAGUUGUCAACAGAUGGCUUUGCUGAAGAGCUAGGAAGGGGUGCAUACGGCACAGUGUUCAGAGGUGUCAUAGCAAACAGUGGAAACAAGGUCAUUGCAGUGAAGAGGCUCGAGAGGAUGGCAGAAGACGGGGAGCGAGAGUUCCAACGGGAAGUGCGUGCGAUCGCACUAACACACCAUAGGAACCUGGUGCGCUUGUUUGGUUUCUGCAACGAAGGCGCGUACCGCCUUCUUGUCUACGAGUACAUGCCAAAUGGCUCCCUUGCCAACCUCCUCUUCAAGCCUGACCCUCCAUUACCUAGCUGGAGCAAGAGGGUUGCGAUCGCGCUGGAUGUGGCUAGGGGGUUACAAUACCUCCAUGAAGAUAUAGAGGUCCCUAUAAUCCACUGUGACAUCAAGCCGGAGAACAUACUGAUUGAUGGCACUGGAAUGGCAAAGAUUGCAGAUUUCGGCUUGGCAAAGCUUCUGAUAGGGAACCAAACCAAGACCUUCACUGGAGUCCGGGGCACACGUGGCUAUCUCGCGCCAGAGUGGAGUAAGAACACGGCGAUAACUGUUAAGGUAGAUGUCUACAGCUUCGGCGUGAUGCUUCUUGAGAUCAUUAGUUGCAGGAAGAGCAUGGAGCUUAAGAUGGCCGGCGAGGAGUGCAACAUCUCCGAGUGGGCAUACGAGUAUGUGGUCUCCGGCGGACUGAAAGAAGUGGCUGCCGGAGAAGAUGUCGAUGAGGUUGAGCUUGAACGGAUGGUGAAGAUCGGUAUUUGGUGCACUCAAAACGAGCCGGUAACACGGCCUGCAAUGAAGAGUGUUGUUCUGAUGAUGGAAGGAAGUGCGCAAGUUCGGCGUCCUCCACCACCGGCAUCAUUUUCACAGUCACUAUUGCGCACUGGGAGCAGAUGAGAAAUCUGAUUGUCUCUACAAGAGUACUUGUGUAUGACAAGUAUCUGAAUGGAUGGAUGGUCCGGGUAAAAACAUAUGGUAAGGUAAUUAACUGGUGCACACAUAGAACAGAGACAUGAUCCAGCAUGACAGGUAGUAAUAGGCAUUGCAGUAAGAGAUGUUCAUGUCUCUUGGAAAGUGUAACUGAUAUUUGAUUAACAUAAAGUGGAAGAAAUCAUUGAUGCUACUUGUAUAAUUA